CGCGCGUGACGUCACCGCCGCCGUCCGCAGAGCGACGGAUUCAAACGCGCGUGCGGAGCGUCUUUCUGCAGCAGCGACUGAAGGUCAGAGAGACAGACGGCGCGGAUAACCGGACCUGAAGACUGCGUGAUCUGAAUCAGCACAGCAGAGAGUGAGUUUAGUGAUCUCCAGGGCUCACGAUGCCUCCACCCGUCGGACCCCCAGCUGUCCCGCCUCCAGACGGUGGGUGGGGCUGGGCUGUGGUGGGCGGGGCCUUCAUCUCCAUUGGAUUCUCUUACGCCUUCCCGAAGGCCACCACCGUGUUCUUCAAAGACAUCCAGAACAUCUUCAGCGCCUCGUACAGUGAGGUGGCCUGGAUCUCCUCCAUCAUGCUGGCCGUCAUGUAUGCAGGAGGUCCCAUCAGCAGUAUUCUGGUGAACACCUACGGAUGCCGUCCCAUCAUGAUCUUGGGCGGCUUUCUGUGCGCCAUCGGCAUGAUCAGUGCUUCCUUCUGCAACACCGUCGUCCAGCUCUACAUCUGCAUCGGCGUCAUCGGAGGCUUCGGUCUGGCCUUCAACCUCCAGCCGGCGCUCACAAUGAUCGGGAAGUACUUCUACAAGAAGCGGCCCAUCGCUAACGGCUUCGCGAUGGCCGGCAGUCCGGUGUUCCUCAGCACGCUAGCUCCGCUCAAUCAGUAUCUGAUCAACGAGUACGGAUGGAGGGGAAGCUUCCUGAUCCUCGGCGGGCUCCUGCUCAACUGCUGCGUGGCCGGAUCGCUCAUGAGGCCCCUGAGGGCCCCGCCGAACAUGGCCAAAGCCCUGGAGGAGAAACAGGCAAUAGCUAAAGGUCCCCAGACGGAGAAGAGCACGGCCUGGCAGACGGUCAAUAAGUUCCUGGAUCUGUCGCUCUUCAAGCACCGCGGGUUCCUCAUCUAUCUGUCGGGAAACGUCAUCAUGUUCCUGGGCUUCUUCGCGCCCAUCGUCUUCCUCUCGUCGUACGCCAAAGACAACGGCGUGGACGAGUACCAGGCGGCCUUCCUGCUGUCCAUCCUGGCGUUCGUGGACAUGUUCGCUCGGCCGUCCAUGGGCCUGCUGGCCAACUCUCGCUGGGUCCGGCCGCGCAUCCAGUACUUCUUCAGCUUCGCCGUGCUGUAUAACGGCGUGUGUCACCUGCUGUGUCCGCUGGCCGAGAGCUACAGCGGGAUGGUGGUGUACGCCGUCUUCUUCGGCUUCGCCUUCGGGAUGGUGAGCGCCGUCCUGUUCGAGACGCUGAUGGACCUGGUCGGAGCGCAGCGCUUCUCCAGCGCCGUGGGGCUCACCACCAUCGUGGAGUGCUGCCCGGUGCUCAUCGGCCCGCCGCUGGCAGGCAAGUUAGUGGACAUCACAAAGAACUACAAGUACAUGUACCUGUGCUGCGGGGCGGUGGUCGUCCUCUCCAGCAUCUGGCUCUUCAUCGGGAACUUCAUCAACUAUCGGCUGCUGGAUCGCGAGCGCAAACAGGAGGAGACGUACAAGCGGGCCGAGCGCGAGGAGCAGACGGAGACCCACGCGGACGCCGACGCCGACGCCGAAGCAGCGCAGCAGCUCUGUGAUAACAAAGACGGCGUCAUGCAGCGAGAAACCAACAUCUGAGCACCUAUGCAAACCCUGAACACUGCCAAAGCUGUAGAGGCUUGAGUAGACCACAGCAGAACUCUAGAGAUCAACGCUGGGCUGGGAAAAUAAAUCGUUCCGCAUUGAUUCGGAGAUUUCCUUUCCACCGCAAAACACCACUUUUCUUUUUUUUUUUACAAGAUAUAAACUUGGAAGUCAGAGGAGGGAAAGGUCAAAAUCAAAAUUACUCUCUAAACUGUGCUUUUAAACCUCACCGUUCUAAUAUAGUUAAUAUCUUAAUUCUGAGUUCAUAUCAUCAUUUGAAGUUUGAGUUUAAAUCUCACAUUUCGAGUUUAUGUCUCAUAAUUAAGUUUGUCUAAUAGUCUAAUUCUAAAGUUAUAUUGUAAUUCUUAGUUUAAAUCUCACGUGUUGAGUAUAUAUCUCAUAAUUUUGAGUUUUUGCUAUUAAUCGGGAAUCCAUCCACGAUCGAUCCUGCACGGAUUUAUCUUCGCAGCCCUAAUAAACGCGCACUUUGAUAUAUAGACGGCCUUUAUAGCUUGGUUUCGGUCAUGUCUCGUGGCUCAGGUUCAGCAAGCAUCCGUAUCUUGCAGCCAAACGGCAGACGUCCAGCUCAUUCGAGUGUGUUUCACACGUUACGCUGCCGGCGCCUGCUAUCUGACGGAUCUGAAUGUAAACCCGCGUGUGUUUCUGAUGUUUUCGGGCCUUACGAAUCCGUUCCUGACCAAAAUGACUUCUGAGGAUCAUUACCAAAUCUAACGCUUCGAGCAAUAUGAUUUCCAGCAGACGUCCUCAGGGCAAGCGCUCCCUUAGUUCCGUUAUCGGGGUUAUUUUUUUACACAGGGUAUUUGAGUUUGACGUGACUCCUGAGCGAUCGACGCUCUCCUACUCAUGACGUAUUGCCUUAAACAUAACGUUAGCAUCUACUAUCCUAACUGUGUAUAUAAUGCUAUAUUUAAUGUAUUUGCUGAUGUACAUUUACUAAUCGGUUGGACAGAGGCUAAACCAUCUAUCAGACACACUGUAUGUGGCCCGUUUCCAGCACUAAAUUAAAAAAUGAAUAAAUGACUAAACUUUUUAUCUUACUAUUUAGACUUUUCUUUUACAGUUACGACGUAUAAACGUAGAAUACAGAGUGAUAAAGAGCGUUAAAAAUGAGCUUUAAUCUCAUGAUUCAAAUGAAAGGUUUCACUUUAUUUUGAUGGUCCCUUUAACUCCUUGGAGGUUCGGGAGAUCUACUUGUGAAGUUACUUGUAGUCAGUAAAUGUUUUUUGGGAGACUGUCACAGACAUGAAUCACUCUAUUAAUACUCUAAUGACAGCUGACUGUAAGGAAGCGCUAUUAUUCUCAACACAACGCUCAAAAGGGACCGUCAAAAUAAAGUUACCCAAUUAAACUGUGCUUCUGCCUCAAAUCUGAGAUAUAACCAUCUCGUGAUUUAGGUUUAUAUUUCACAAAGAGUUUGCAUCGUGACUCUGAGCUUAAAUCUCUCGUAAAACAUCAUCAUUUUGAGUUUAAUCUAGCAAGCCAAGUUUAUAUCUCAGUUCUGAGUUUAAAUAUCACUGUUUACAUUCAUAUGAAGAGAGUGCAUCUUGAGUUGAUCUCAUACAUGAAGUUGUCUCUUAAUUCAAGUCAAAAUUGUGAGAUAAAAAGUCAAAAUGACAUUUUUUUAUGUUUUUAUUCCGUGACGCAAGCAGGCUUCCAUAGAAAUGCAUCUUAAAUUCUACUUCUAGGAUGGUUUUGUUUUAUAUCUUGUAGUGCUGCGUUAGCGUCUCUUUUCCUCGAAGCCCGUGUUGAGUAUGAACGCAUACACACACACACGUUCAUUCAUGUUUUUAAGAGCACCAGAGCUAUUCCUGUCAUUAAAUGAUGAUCUUUCCUGUAGAACAGAAGCAUUAUAACACUGGAAUGAAGAUGUUGUGCUAGUUAUAGCAUGUAAAUAACUAACAACACUAAUGAUUUUAUUUAAUGUGAUGGUUAUGUUUUGUAUCAUUUUUUUUUAACAUUUGAGGUCAUGUUUGUCAGGAGAUGCUGAAGCAAACUGCCACUAAAAACACACUCUUGAUUCACACACAUGCUGUUAUGAUUAUUAUUAGCGGCCAUAUUGUUUGCUUUUUUUUGUAUUUGUCACGUUCAGCAAAUGUACGGCGUUUAACUUGAUCUUUAGCGUCACGCCGCUGCUGAUGAAUCAUUGUGUGUUCACUUCUUUGGGUCGUAAUCCUGGAUGCAAUGACAUUUUACAAUUAAACCACAACGUUAGGAAGACGCCUCGAGAUCUGUAACACAAGUGAAAGGAUGUAAAUCACACCGACUUGUCUCUCAUUCUCUCAACCACAUCAAACUAAUAAAGAUUUUAUUCCAUUA